GACCGGCAAGCCCACGUGACCGGGUUGGAGUCUGCGCAGUGGCGCGGACGAAAGCAGUUAGUUGGAGUGCGUCAGAGGGCCAGGGUCGGACAUGGUGAAGAUCGGGUUCAACUCGCCCGUCGCCCAGAAGGGUGCUAAGGGAGCGCUGCUGGUCCCCGAGCCGGAUCCAGAGUCUGCUGCAGCAAGUGGGGGUGAUAAUGCCACAGGAAGAUGUCUGUUUACACUUCUUGGACUGGCUUUCAUAUUAUCUGGCUUAAUAAUUGGAGGAGCUUGUCUGUAUCGAUUCAUUGUUCCAAAGAACAAAGUAUAUCAUGGUGAAAUGCAAUACUUGGAUUCUAGUAUCCUACCACAUACUCCAGAAACAGAAGCUCCUUAUUUUCUUGCUUUUGAAGACGUUCAGUUCCUGGGAGAUGAUGAAAAUGUGGCAGUGAUCAAUGUCCCAGUUCCAGAUUUUGAAGAUUAUGAUCCAGCUGUCAUCAUUCAUGACUUUGAACUGCUUUUGACUGCGUAUCUCGAUCUGAGUUUGGAUAACUGCUACGUGAUUACAUUGAAUACUUCUGUUGUUAUGCCUCCACGUAACUUAUUGGAGCUGUUCAUGAGACUUGCAACUGGUUCCUACUUGCCUCAGACCUACCUUGUUCAUGAAGACUUGAUGGUAACUGAACGUAUUGACAAUGUUGAUCAAUUGGGUUAUUUCAUCCACCGGCUCUGUUCAGAGAAAAAGACCUACAGGCUGCAGCGUAAAGAGAUGAUGAAAGGAAUCCAGAAACGUUCAGCAGAAAACUGUCACCGGAUCAAACACUUUGCAAAUAAUUUUGUCACUGAUACUUUGAUUUGUGAACCAUGAGAGAAUUUCUUUUCCCCCCAGCUGACUUUGGAUGCUUUUACUCGUGCAGUAUUCUUUACAGUAUGUGACAAUCAAGAGCCUUAUUGGCUGUGCUUUGCAGUUUGUAUUCUAGUGCAAAUGCUGUUGCUUCACUAAAAGGCUUUUAAAAUGCAGCUUCGGUUUGCACUGUUUAUUUAUCAACAUUUGUUCUUACAAAUUUUGCAGACGUAGUUUAUAUUCCUGAUGUAUUUGAUCUGCUCAGAGGAAUUUAAAUUAAAUAUUGGUGUCGGGUAAUGGAAAAAAAUCUUUUAUAGUAAUUCCCUUCCAUAAAGUACUUUUAAGAAUUAGUAUGUGCCAGCAUAGUGGGAUUAGAAUUUGUGCAACUACUGUAUUAAGAUUAUCAAUUUGUAAUGUAAACAUUUGAAUUGUAUGAAAUGCCUUGAUUUUAAUGUAUCAUGGAAUAGUUCGAUGUUUGCACACUGAGUAUCUACUUAAAAUGCAUUUCUAAAAUAGCUUUAAGUACUCAUCAGCUGUCGUCAUCUCUUUAACUUGACAAACUUAAGUUCUGUAUCUCAAUGUUUAUGAAACUCCACCCUUUGAUUACACCUGACCUGGUUGUAAUAUGGAAAUAUUUGGAACAAUCACUAAAUUGGAUAACAUUUUAAUAGUUUAUUUAGCAGAUUUAUUGAACCUGGGACUAUCUAAUGGUAUAGAUUUUAAAUUACUAACCCUGUGGAGUAUUUAAUGUUUAUCUUCAUUAAAUGUGUAUAAAAGUA